AUGUCAGACCCAGGAAGCACUGAUCCCAUUGCCUUCCCAAGUCCCUUGGUGUCCUCUCACCAUAUGGUCCCCCACAGCACAGCACAGCACAGCCCACCCCAUCUCUUUAAAGGUACAGCACCCUGGUGAGAAUUUACUGAAUUUUCAACCACAUGGCUGUCAGGUAGAGUCAUAGACUACAGAUUUAGCAUCUGUACUGAGAGUGGUGUUAUUGAUAUUUUUGCUUUGAGUGCUUUACUCUGUAGAUUCUCCUCUUUUCAAUUGUCAAUUCUUCCAUCCUGUCUUAGAAGCAAGGGCAAUCUGCAGUUCACACAAUAACAACGUUUUAGUAUAGGGAUGAGGGAGGGGGCUGGAGAAACGUAACCACUUUCAAAAUUAUAGACAGAGCUAUGGAUGCAAGGACUGACCAUCCAUGGUAUCAAAAUUAUAGUUUUAACUAUGUUUUGAGGCUAUACCAGGGGUGUCAAACGUCCGGCCCACGGGCCGGAUUAGGCCCGCAAACGGGUUUAAUCCGGCCCGCGAGAUGAUAAAAAUAAAAUAAAAAAAUAUAUAUAUUUUUUGUAAAGUAUAAAAAUGCGCUGCAAUUUUUCAAUAAAAUAAACUGCUGUUCCAAUUGCGUCCACUGGAUGGCGCAAUAGCAAUUGUGUUAAGCAAGCAAACUGUUUAUACCGGGGCAGAGCAAGUAGGUCAAGCACGUGCAGCCAAUGAGCUACUUUGUUUUGCCCGCAAUAUUUAUUACGGCUUCUACUUUUAACAUUAUGUGCUUUGGCGCCCUCAUUGCCCCAAUAUGUCUCUGUCAAAAAAGAGAAAAGUGGACGCAGAGUGCAGAGUGUUCCAAGAAAAAUGGUAAUCCUAUUUAUUCACGGAAUUGAAUGGGAAAGCUGUAUGUUUGGUGUGUUCAGAGCAUGUUGCAGUGCUGAAAGAAUAUAACCUUCGUCGCCACUAUGUGAGUCUUCAUGCCGACAAAUAUGACAACUUUCAAGGACAGCGGAGAUGAGAGAAGGUGAAUGAACUGUUGGCGGGUCUGAAGAAACAGCAGUCUGUGUUUACUCACAGCCGAGACAUCAGUGACGCUGCAGUGAAAGCUAGCUACCUCAUUGCUAAUGAAAUCGCAGUGGCUUCAAAACCAUUUAGUGAGGGUGAAUUUGUAAAAACAUGCAUGAUGAAGGCAGCGGAGAUUGUGUGCCCUGAAAAGCGGCAGGCUUUUGCAAAUAUCAGCCUGACAAGAAACACAGUUGCAGACAGGAUUUCCGAUCUUUCAGUGGAUUUGGACAGCCAGUUGAAGCAAAAAGUAAAGUCAUUUAUUGCGUUUUCGGUUGCAAAUGAUGAAAGCACGGACAUUACAGAUGUUGCACAACUGGCCAUUUUCAUCCGCGGAGUUGAUGACACAUUGACCGUCACCGAGGAGUUCGUGGAGUUGGUGCCGAUGACAGAUACAACGACUGCAGCUGAUAUUUUUACCGCACUCGUCGGCGCGCUGGACAGGGUCGGAGUGGACUGGUCCCGCGCUGUCAGCCUGGCUACAGAUGGUGCGCCCUCAAUGAUCGGGAAAAAAGCAGGCGUUGUGACAAAGUUCAGAGAGAAAGUGCAAUCUGCAAAUGGAGGACGUGAUUUUUUUACUUUUCACUGUAUUUUGCACCAGGAGGCUUUGUGUUGCAAGUCAUUAAAGAUGGAUAACGUCAUGAAGGUGGUCAUCCAAACUGUUGAUUUCAUCCGAUCCAGAAGCCUGAAUCACCGUCAGUUUGACAGCCUUCUCAGAGAGAAAGACCACAUCUAUGGCCUGCCAUACCACACUGAUGUAAGAUGGUUAAGCCGAGGUGCUGUGCUGAGGCGUUUCUUUGAUUUACGAGAAGAAAUUGAACAGUUCAUGGAAGAAAAGGGCAAACCAGUGUUAGAAUUUCAUUCCGCAGAAUGGAUGCAGGACCUUGCAUUUAUGGUGGAUGUUACAGAGCACCUGAAUAACUUGAACAAACAGCUGCAAGGGCGCAACAAAGUUGUCACGCAGUAUUAUGACAGCAUACGUUCUUUCAAGUUGAAGCUGUCAUUGUGGGAGACGCAACUUGCCGGUGGUGAUGCAGCUCACUUCCCCUGUCUGAAAAAUGUGUGCGCGACCCAACAUGUGGCAGACAUGAAGCGGUUCAAAGAUAAAAUAACGGGACUGUUACGGGAGUUUGAGCAACGCUUUCAGAUUUAUGUUUAUAUGUUUUUAUGUUGAUGUGCUAUUGUUUUUAAUUGAUUUUAUUUUAUUUGUAUAUUUAACCUAUUCUUGACUCUGUGGUUCUUGCACUUGUUUGGGGAACAGGAUUUCAUUAUUUUUAUCUACAUUUCUGCCUGAGAAAUGACACCCUGAUAUAGUUCUGUGAUCUGUGAAACAGUUAUGUUAAUCACUGAGGCAUUGUGUGUUUGUGUGUUCUUUUUCUUUAGAAUUUUCAAAUAAACUUGACGUGUUUUAUGAUUAAUAGUGAUGUUGUGCUUGUACUAUUUUGGACACACUGUCCUCAGGCUCCAGCUUUAUGUUGUAUGUUGAUCGUAUUAAAACAAAGAAAACAAUCUGAAGUUGUUGUUUUUAAGUUAUAUAUACCAUGAUUUUUCCGGUCCGGCCCACUUGGGAAUAGAUUUUCCUCCAUGUGGCCCCUGAGCUAAAAUGAGUUUGACACCCCUGGGCUAUACAGUGUUUGUUUACAUUUACAUUGUUUACAAACAUGGAGUAAAACAAGCUAAUAUUUUGCGUUCUGAUGGGGUACAACAGUUAAACUAAGGUCAUGAAGCAUUCAUAAGUUAUAUUCUUCAUGAAUCAUUGGGUUUAAGUAAUUGAUUUAAAAGUCAGAAAAUUGAUUCACACAAAAACUGCUAUGCAAACUGAGAUUGACAGGCGAAAGGUGUACAGCAUACUCGAAAAACCAGACAGAGAACACUGUAACCCUGCCUGUGAUGUUUCUCUGUGUGCUGGAAGUCUGCAAUGUUAAUCACAUAAAUAGAUUUAUUGAAAUGUUGUUGACAAGCAGCCAGCAGCCAGUCCUCCAGACUUAUGCCUGAGCAUUUUGGUCGGCUCACACAAGUUGUGCUCUGCUUUGAAACUAACACAAAAAUACAUAGAAAGUCACUGAUUUAAUAUUUAAUAUUUGUAAUAAACAUUUGUAACAACAGAUGACUUGGUGUCUGUUUAUAUGUGGUCUGACAAAGGUUUGAGGACAGUGAAGGUCAAAUGCGUGAACAUAAUAAAUUAUUGCAUUCUGAAGAAACAAAUCUAUAAAUUAAACUGUUGACAUGAUUGUAGGAGUCAUUCAAACUAAAAUACUUAAAGAAAAGUUUCAACUUGCUUUUAGGUUGGGGUAACAGACGGUGCCAAACAAAGAAAGUCCACGGCCCACUUGCCUGACUCCUGCUAUUCAGAAGAGGAAAAAAAUGCAUUAAGUGUCUGGAAAAAUACACUGAACAAUUGACGUAGAUAGAGAGGCUCCUCAAUGGGAGCAUCACUUGUGAAUCCAGUUAAUUCAACUGAAAUACAAUGAACUCUUAUGACUCAGAGCAAUGGAUUGGAAAUAUUUGUUUAAAUAAAAUAUCUAAGAAAUGAAUGACGUUCAGAGUUACGAAAUUCCUGUAGUCAUUCAAGGCUAUGUGAUAACUUGUUGAUCUAAGGAAUCAGUGUGUGGUGUAAACCUUUGUUGAUUCCCUAUUGAAUAGCAGUGAUUGAAUCAACAUGAAUAGCUUGAAACAUUUGUGACUAAGACCUUUGUAUAGACAGACAUAGCUAUCCUGAUUUGUGCUGCAGCGAGAGUAGAGAGGAUGCCGAAUGCAUAGUGCAGCAACGUGAAAGAGCAACCAUACAGAGAACAGCUGAAGAGUAAAGGCUGGUAACAGUCCACUAACUCAUCUCUUUCUCCUGCUUUAAGAAGCUUUUACUGCAGUGGACUCAAUCAGUGUCACACAGUGUUUCUUGGUAGUCAAACAAAUCUACUUUGAAACAAAAGUACUCCACUCGUAAGAGCGAUAGAAGAGCACAAUAUGUACUGCAAUUUUUUUUAUGAUGCUGCCGGAAGCUCCUCUCCUCUCCUCAGUUUCAACAACAACAAAAAAACAAUUAAAAAAAAGACACACACACAAACACACACACACACACACAGAUGUGGCCCUCAGAUCCUCAAUAAGUUAUACAGCUGCAACAUUGAGAGCAUCUUGAUUGGCUGCAUCACUGUCUGGUAUGGCAACUGCACCGCCCUCGACCACAAGGCUCUACAGAGGAUGGUGCGGAUGGCCCAGUACAUCGCUGGGGCCAAACUCCAUGCCAUACAGGACCUUUAUACCAGGCGGUGUCUAAGGAAGGCCCAGAAAAUUGUCAAAGACUUCAGCCACCCAAGCCAUGGACUGUUCUCUGUGCUACCGUCAAGCAAGCGGUACUGGAGCAACGGGUCUCAGACCAACAGGCUCCGAGACAGCUUCUAUCUUGAAAGCAAUCAGACUGCUGAAUAGCUAAUCAAUGCCUACCCGGACUAUCUGUAUGGACUAUCUGCACUGACUCUACCUGCACUGGCUAUAUACACACUCACAGGUCUCUAUCCACACACACACACAACACACACCCACGUACUGAUGCCACAUACACAUGCACGCACACAACCAUACACACACAUACACCCAGCAUAUACACUGCUGCUACUUUUCACUCUUAUUAUUAUGUCCUGAUGCCUAGUCACUUUAUCCCUGCCUACAUGUACAGUGGGGAAAAAAAGUAUUUAGUCAGCAACCAAUUGUGCAAGUUCUCCCACUUAAAAAGAUGAGAGAGGCCUGUAAUUUUCAUCAUAGGUACACGUCAACUAUGACAGACGAAAUGAGAAAAAAAAUCCAGAAAAUCACAUUGUAGGAUUUUUAAUGAAUUUAUUUGCAAAUUAUGGUGGAAAAUAAGUAUUUGGUCAAUAACAAAAGUUUCUCAAUACUUUGUUAUAUACCCUUUGCUGGCAAUGACACAGGUCAAACGUUUUUUGUAAGUCUUCACAAGGUUUUCACACACUGUUGCUGAUAUUUUGGCCCAUUCCUCCAUACAGAUCUCCUCUAGAGCAGUGAUGUUUUGGGGCUGUCGCUGGGCAACACGGACUUUCAACUCCCUCCAAAGAUUUUCUAUGGGGUUGAGAUCUGGAGACUGGCUAGGCCACUCCAGGACCUUGAAAUGCUUCUUACGAAGCCACUCCUUCGUUGCCCGGGCGGUGUGUUUGGGAUCAUUGUCAUGCUGAAAGACCCAGCCACGUUUCAUCUUCAAUGCCCUUGCUGAUGGAAGGAGGUUUUCACUCAACAUCUCACGAUACAUGGCCCCAUUCAUUCUUUCCUUUACACGGAUCAGUCGUCCUGGUCCCUUUGCAGAAAAACAGCCCCAAAGCAUGAUGUUUCCACCCCAUGCUUCACAGUAGGUAUGGUGUUCUUUGGAUGCAACUCAGCAUUCUUUGUCCUCCAAACACGACGAGUUGAGUUUUUACCAAAAAGUUAUAUUUUGGUUUCAUCUGACCAUAUGACAUUCUCCCAAUCCUCUUCUGGAUCAUCCAAAUGCACUCUAGCAAACUUCAGACGGGCCUGGACAUGUACUGGCUUAAGCAGGGGGACACGUCUGGCACUGCAGGAUUUGAGUCCCUGGCGGCGUAGUGUGUUACUGAUGGUAGGCUUUGUUACUUUGGUCCCAGCUCUCUGCAGGUCAUUCACUAGGUCCCACCGUGUGGUUCUGGGAUUUUUGCUCACCGUUCUUGUGAUCAUUUUGACCCCACAGGGUGAGAUCUUGCGUGGAGCCCCAGAUCGAGGGAGAUUAUCAGUGGUCUUGUAUGUCUUCCAUUUCCUAAUAAUUGCUCCCACAGUUGAUUUCUUCAAACCAAGCUGCUUACCUAUUGCAGAUUCAGUCUUCCCAGCCUGGUGCAGGUCUACAAUUUUGUUUCUGGUGUCCUUUGACAGCUCUUUGGUCUUGGCCAUAGUGAAGUUUGGAGUGUGACUGUUUGAGGUUGUGGACAGGUGUCUUUUAUACUGAUAACAAGUUCAAACAGGUGCCAUUAAUACAGGUAACGAGUGGAGGACAGAGGAGCCUCUUAAAGAAGAAGUUAAAGGUCUGUGAGAGCCAGAAAUCUUGCUUGUUUGUAGGUGACCAAAUACUUAUUUUCCACCAUAAUUUGCAAAUAAAUUCAUUAAAAAUCCUACAAUGUGAUUUUCUGGAUUUUGUUUUCUCAAUUUGUCUGUCAUAGUUGACGUGUACCUAUGAUGAAAAUUACAGGCCUCUCUCAUCUUUUAAAGUGGGAGAACUUGCACAAUUGGUGGCUGACUAAAUACUUUUUUCCCCCACUGUACAUAUGUACCUCAAUUACCACGUAUCCCUGCACAUUGAUAUGGUAUUGGUAGUCCUUGUAUAUAGCUUCAUUCUUGUGCGUUUUAUUUCUCAUGUGUUUUUUAUAUUUUUAUCUAAAACUCUGCAUCUUUGGGAAAGAGCUUGUAAGUAAGCAUUUCACUGUUGUAUUUGGCGCAUGUUACGAAUAACAUUUGAUUUGACACACACACACACGCACACGCACACGCACACGCACACGCACACACACAAGAAAACGCUAAAUGAGAUGGCUGUUGGCUGUUUUUAUCUGUACACGUACAUCAUGUCCUGUCCUGUAGUGUGCUACACCACACCACACAACACACAGGUUCUAGUCUGGGAUCACAAGGUCAACGGACAGUCAGUGUUUGUGAGAUUGUGACAUAGAUUGUGACAUAGAGCCAGAAUGACGUUACCAGUCUAAUGUAACAUCAGGCACUAAGAGCAUGACAGUUCAGAGGCAUCAACAGCAUUAUAGUGCCAGGCAGGCAGGCAGGCAGGCAGGCAGGCAGGCCAUCCAUCCCUCUGUCCUUGAAUCAGUCAUUGCAUUAUGCCAGCCCACCUGUUUCAGAGACAUGAAUGAAUGAGACCAAUGAGACCAUCUGAGAGACAAUCUGCAAACUAAUUUUGCACUGACAAAAAGGAGGAUGGUUAUGAACAAACUACUCCACUCCUACGAGUGGCCAUAAGAAUGAGAUCGCACACUGAUACAUGUCAGAAGGUGCUUUCAACUGGGAUGUGGUAGUAGCACUGUCCUGCAGUCAAAUGAACUAGUGGCCUCAUGGGUGGAGUGUUAUUAAUAUUUUUCAUAAUUUAAUAAUUAAUAAACAUUUAUUUAAAAAUUAACGCAGAAUAUCCUGUGUUUCUAUGUCUAAAAGUUUUGUUAUAUUUCAGUCUUCUAUGAUGUAUAUAAAGGGUAAUAUUGGGAUGCAAACUUAAAAUUGAAUACAUUUCAACUCUAUAUCUGACACUGUACAGGUGUCUUCUUUUUUUUAAGCCUAUAACCAUGUGUGUGAGGUGUAUACUUUUGUUUCAAAGUAGAUUUGUUUAAGACUACCAAGAAACACUAUGUGAUCCUGAUUUAGCCCACUGCAGUAAAAGGUUAAUAAUACCACCAAUCUCUGGUCUCUGGUCCACCAAACAAACAUCCCCCCUCAGCCGUCCCUGGACAGGUGAACUUUACAGAAUGAUUCAUUAAAUAAACAUAGUACUUUUCAGAUAAUGACCAGAUCUCCCAGUGGAAGAAAGUCACUUAAUCCUACAAUUUCUUUCCCCAACAUCAGAAUAUUCUUUAUUUGCAAGGCUGUACUUUUCCUAUUGUUGUUGAGAGCCAAGAAGCAUGGCAAAAGGACAGACAGCUUGUUUACUCAACUUUACACAACCAGGCUACCUGUGCUUUCUCCCUCAGUCAACAGCCAAGUGGAAUUCACAUGAUUUCGCAAAGCUGGUAUUUUAAAAGCUUGGAUCCUUUACAACAAAUGCAAAGUUUGAAAGUUUGUUUCUUAAAUACUUUGUUCUUGUACUGAAUUCUUUAAGGUUGUGUUUUUCCAUUAUAUUUUAUGAUGGGCCCCGUGUAGCUCAGUUGGUAGAGUAUGGCGCUUGCAACGCCAGGGUUGUGGGUUCGAUUCCCACGGGGGGCCAGUAUGAAAAUGUAUGCACUCACUAACUGUAAGUCGCUCUGGAUAAGAGCGUCUGCUAAAUGACUAAAAUGUAAAUGUAAAUUUUUUAAAUAACUUGUAGAAAAUACACUUUCUGACACCGUCAAGAAGCAUUAUAACCAUCAUAAUCAUAUAAACCAGAUAGGCCUAUCACGUACAGGCCCUUAUAUCAGUCAUCAGUCAAAAAGAGGGUGUCUUGUCCUGCUCCUGAAAUCUGCUCCUGCAAUCAUCCCAGUCAUCAGCAACAGAGAAUUGGGGUAGGUGCAUGUCUGACAUCAAUGUGUGCGCAAUUAAUUAACAAUUUAAUAUGGUACUUUUUAAAAGAAAUUCUAUAACAUAAACAUACUGAUGACACGUAGGCUAUGGUGUAAUGGAAUGUUUUGCCUUGCGUGGUAGGGUUUUGUGGGUUUUGACAGUCUUAUGUAGGUGUCAUAACCAGCCAUAAAAUAACGCAAUAUAUGUCACAACAGGUCUAAACAUAUGUGUCAUGACAGUGUUAUGACCAUAUUAUAACAGGUUAUGACAAGUUAUGUCAGCUGUUAUGACAUAUUAUGACAUGGUUAUGACCGUGUCAUAACGUGUUGUGAAGCUGGGUGUCAAGUAAAGUGUUACCAAAGUGAGUCAUAAACAGCAAAUGUGAGUCAACAACAACAAUUUUUUAUUGGGGUUUUCCAAAUAACAUAAUCAAGCAAACGUUUGGGGGUAGUGAUGGUACCAAAUUUUUUUAAUGUAGCAUUUAUAUGCACCUCAUUUACUUGCAAUAAGCCAAGCUGACACACAAAUUAUAGAUGUGCUGUGUCCUGUACUGUUCUGAUUUCAUAAUUCAGACCCUAUGAAAUUAUUUAUCCCUCAGAUGGUCUCUAAAACGAGUUGGCUGUGGCUGAGCUCCAGAUGGGGCCAGGGUUUGGACAUGAUCCCAAUAAUGGGUUGGCAUGAACAGAGAUAUUGCAAUCUCUCUGAUUUUCGGGAAUCAGAACUGAAGCUGUGUCCAGCAAAAUUCCCAGGGGCGGGCAGACAGGGGGUGAGUUCUCUCCUCAGCAUACAUAAGGCCUUGGUCCCACAACUUCUCACAGAGUACAUAAUCUUUACAGAGGAGACACAGCUCAACAUACAAACUGAUAUACAGAUAUUUCCAUCAAAAUGUGGUAUGUUAUACUUUUCAUAUUCUUUCCUCAACAAAACCCUAGUUGCCUGGAAAUUGUUGUCAUUGCAAUACCAAUCCAAAUGAAUCUCUGAAAUGUCUUUGGACAAUGGAUCUUUGUAAAAUCGCAGGGAAAUGGCAGGGAAAUGCAGCUACUUAAAUCUUUUAAAAAUCUUUCAAACUGCUCUAGCUAGAAACUUUUUCUAAAUAUAGGUAAACAUGCAAACCCAGAGAGGCCCUAAAUAAAGCAACAGUUAGUUGUGGUACUAGUGAGUGUUUGGGCUCUCUCUGUCAGUUAGCUCUGUGUGUGUGUGUACUGUACUAAUGUUUUCCUGCUGUCCCCAGGUUAUCCCUAGCAGUGCUCCUCUCUGCCUCCUGUGUCUGUCUGGCACAGGAUAAGGUAAAAAUCAAAAUCAAAAUCAAAACAUCAGAAGCACUGGAGAUGUCAGACAAUCCAGGUAACUACCUAUCUAACUGACACAUAGCUAACUCCCAGCUUUAUGCCAAUAAAGGCUUACUCCUUCUGAUUUAGAUUAAAAUGUCAACAAAGUGAGAGGGAUGAAAUGUUCUGAAUGGAGAGCGGAAACGCUUUCUAACAAAAACAUGUACAUUUUAAAGAUCAAGGAGUAUGGACAGCCUUUCUUAUCCCUUGUCUAUGUUAAGGUGGGUAUUGGUUACACCAUUGAUGCAGAAUAUCCUCCAAAAAUAUUGGACAUACACAUUGCACACGUGUUUUCACAUGUGCAAUUCUUCUAUUUCCAAAACAUAUUAUUUUUGCUGGCCCAUUGUGACUGGUUCGUGUAAGGCUAUCACUCACAUUUCAAUUACACUGUCACUAUAAUCGGAUGUUCUGAAGCCAAUCUUCACUAUGGCUCCCCUCAGGCUACUCUGAGCUGAGCAGAUACAAGCUGUUCCUAUUCAGCCUGUUGGCCUCUGUAAGAGGAAGGGAAUACAGUAGCUGUGGCCAAAAUUAGGAUGUUACCAUCACUUUCAAGUGAGAACCUUGUUAAGUCUCACGGCUCACGGCUCACAGCUAUUAUCCUGAUUAUCUUAAAAAUCGAUUCAGCAGCGACACACAUGAGAUGACAAAGAUCAAAGAGAAGGCAAGCAGGGAAGAAAGGAAGGAGAGAUCCUCAGUCUCAGCUUCCUCCAAGCUGAAUGGUAAAAUAUGUCAUUAGGAAAAUCUGCAGAGCAUGAAAGCCUUUUAAAGUAAAAUUCCUCGAAAAAUCCACCUCUCAUCAAGCGUUUCAAGGAAAAUGUUUGAGAAGAGAAACGACACUAAUUCCAUCCUCAUCAGAUUUCUGUGUAUUGUGACCAGGUAAUUCUGUGAAAGCUAACCUUGUCUGGCUCAAGUCAUGAACACACUUCUUUUUUGGAGAUAAAAGUAGCUGAUUAAUGAAUUUACUCAGAUUAUGUCAGGUCAAAGCUAAAUAUAUUUUACAGCUGUGUUUGAUUUGCACAGCAGUAUGUGCUAGGUGGUGCGAGGGAGUUGGGGGUGUUUUAACCAUAUAGAGAUUGUAUGGAUUGUAUAGAAAUAAUCUCAAACUCCAUGUUGUUGUGUUUCUUGCCCAGGCCUGCGCUCCAGGCGUAUGGUUGGGGGCACACUGGCCCCUCACGUCCCCUGGCAGGCCAUGGUCUACCUGAGUGACAACGUCAUGAACGGGGGCUUCGCUGGGGGGGCUCUAAUCUCUGACCGCUGGGUCCUGACCGCUGGCAGGAACCUGUUUGUCAGGAAGAGUCGGCAGGACACCCAGGGGAAAGAACCAACCAUCCCCAAGGUGUACCUAGGCAUCACGCGACGCUCCCAAGCCGAUGCCUCCAAAGAAGUUGCAGUAGAAAAGGUGAGCUAGUAUGCCCAUUACCAUCUCUCAAAAAAAAAGAAUAUACAGACAAUUCUGUAUUUUCAGCAAGCAGAACUGCACUGGGCUCUCUCACCUACAACAUCAUUUUCAGUCUUACAGGUAGUUAGAGCACAAAUACAGUAGAUCAUCAAAAAGAGGUCCUAUGAAUUAUUCCCUUUCCCCUUCUAGGUGGUUCUGCACCCAGGCUUCCAGAAUGUUUCAGACUGGGACAACGACCUGGCUCUGAUUCAGCUGAAGGAGCCAUUCAACCUAAGCGAGGCUGUGAUGCCCAUCCCUCUGCCUGAGAGGGGUGAGGACCUGGCUGAGGCAGCCCAAGAGAAAGGCAUCAUCACAGGCUGGGGCUGGGGGGUCCUCUUCACCCCCGCUGAGUUACUGAAACACCUGGUGUUGCCUGUGGCAUCGCACAGCUCCUGUAAGGCAGAGUACACCCUAGGUGGCCAGGUGCUGAACAGCACUCCAACCGUAGACGACAACAUGUUCUGUACUGGAGCCAACAGGUACCAGGAGAAUGUGUGCUUUGGGGAUGCAGGCGGUGCCCUGGCAGUCCAGGACCCCAACAACGGCAGAGUGUAUGCUGCAGGGAUCCUGUCCUUCGAUAAGACCUGUGCCGUGGAGAAAUACGCUGUCUACAUGAAGCUCUCUGCCUACAUGCCUUGGAUCAACAGUGUCCUCAGGGGCGACAGUGAGAAAUCAACCAGUCUCCGCUCCAGUGUAAUGUCUGAGAUGUAUUCAAGGCAGUUGUAG